AUGUGGAAAUUAUCAGGAAUUGCGGAGCAUCCUUACAAUGACCAUUUUAAGCUGCAUCACCGCAUUUGUCUCAAUAUUUUGAAACAUUUUGGUUUUGGACAGGGAGUUAUGGAAGCCAGAAUUAAAGCGGAAGUUGAAGACUUACUUGGGAGAGUAGAUGAUAAAAAGGAUGAAGCAUUUGAUCCGUCAUUUGAAAUAACUGCAGCGGUUUCAAACGUGAUUAGCAGCAUAAUAUUCGGGAGGAGCUGGUCCAAAGACGAUCCCAAUUUUCAUGAAGGGUUGGACAUUAUUCAUUCUUUUUUGUCCGAUGACACGAAUUCUAUUAUGAUUGACUUUUUCCCCGUUGUUCGAUACUUACCAUAUUAUAACCAGUGCAUAAAAAACUACAAAAAUUUGCGCAAAAGAUGGGAUUCAUACAUUGGAAAUGUGAUUGACGAUGCAUUAAAAAGUGAUGUCGAAAAUUUUUGUAACUUGUAUUUAAAAGAAGCAAACAUCUCAAAAAUUGAUAUAAUGGAAGAAGAUCAAUUGAAAAACACAAUAAGAGAUCUUUUUUUAGCUGGCACUGAAACAACUGCUACAACUCUUCUCUGGUUUAUCAUCAUCAUGGCCAACAAUCAAGGUGUUCAAAAAAGGGUCCAAAAUGAGUUGGAUAGAGUUGUUGGUUCAAAUAGAUUGCCAUGCCUAGAAGAUAAACCAAAUCUGCCAAUUACCGAAGCAUUUAUCCUGGAAGCGAUGAGGUUUAAAACCUUGGUGCCAAUGGCUCUUGUGCAUUUAACAACUAAAGAAACGAUUAUUGAUGGAGUUCUGAUUCCUAGUGGAGUCAUGGUAAUGCCUAAUAUUUAUAGCGCUCACAUGAACUCAGAAGAUUGGGUCGAUCCUGAAAUAUUUAAAAUUGAAAGAUUUCUUAACGAUGAUCAAACGCAGGUCGUCAACAGAGACUUGAUUAUUCCAUUUUCUCUAGGAAAGAGAGCCUGCUUGGGUGAAAUACUUGCCAAGCAGGAAAUAUUUCUCUUCACAACAUCCAUCCUACAUAAAUAUUCAAUUUUACCUAAGAAAUGUGAUGAGAAAAUAGUUGUGGAAGAAAUUAUUGGCAUUACUGUAUCCCCUUCGCCGUUCGAAGCAAGACUUGUUAAAAGAAACUAG